UUUUUAAAAAUCAACAACCAUUUAGUAAACCAGAGUAUUAUGUAAGAAAAGAAAUAAACAAAACAAUGGUUUUCCUUCCCUUUUGUCUCCAGGGUAAUUUCCCCUUAAGUCUGAAAUGAAAAACGUUAGGCAUCAUUUAGGUCCAGGCUUCUUUAAUCACAAAGCCUGCGUAUUUGGCAGUUUCUCAAGUUACUCCCCUCAAGCAGCUUGAACCAGUUAAACUAGAUCUUUUCAGCUCUUUGGAGCUUAUUGACAACCAGCCGUCUGGUUUCCUAGGAAACAAAACCUUGGCUAGAAAUAGUGAAUCAUUUCCAGGUCACUUUCAACAUGGAGAGUGGAGCAGGAAAGCACUGGACUGAAGAAGAGGUUAAAGCUUUGCUAAGUGUCUGGGCAGAAAAAAAUAUACGAAAACAACUUUAUGGAACACUGAGAAAUAAAGGAAUAUUUAUUUACAUUGCUAAAAGGCUGCAAGCACUAGGAGUAUACAGAGAUUGGAAACAGUGCCGGGCAAAGUACAAAAAUCUCAAAUAUGAAUACAGAACAGUUAAAUAUGCCCAUAACUCUGGAGACAGCUCUAAAACUAUGAAGUUCUUCCAUGAUUUGGAUGCGAUCCUGCAGUAUGAACCUGCCACCCAAUUAACAGAGGAAGAUGCAAAUGGCAGGUGCCUGGCAACGCUGAGCCAAAGUACAGCUCCAGAGACCACCGAAGGUAACUCUACAUCAAUUAUGGAACCCCCUAUUAAUCCAACUUUUAUUCCAACUGUAGCAAAUGAAGGAGGAAAACACUGGACUGUGCCAGAAAUUAGGGCUCUAAUAGGCAUCUGGUCUGAUAUAAGAAUACAACAACAACUAGAGGGAACAGUGAGAAAUAAAAGGAUAUUUGAACAAAUUGCUGCGAAGCUUCAGAAAUUUGGAAUAGAGAGAGAUUGGAAACAGUGCAGAACAAAGUACAAAAACUUAAAACAUGAAUAUAAGAGUGUAAGAAUGGCUCAAGACCAAGGAAUAACUAAGAGUAUGAAAUUUUUUACUGAGCUGGAUGCCAUUUUGGGACACAAUAAAACAGAAAAAUCACAAGAACAGGAAUUCCAAGAUGGAGAACAAGCCACAGGAUGUGCCAAUGUAAAAAGAGAAGAGGAUCGGACAGUCAUUGCUGGAGAAGCAGCUGAAGAUGAUUUAGUCAGUAAUAUGUCAGAAGACCUAAGAGAGAGAGAAGUAAAACAAAGUCCUGGCACAGAGGAAGACACUGUAAGUACAGCCUCAGAAGAGGUGGACAGCCCCACAGCACUACAGAGUAUCACUGGGUCAGGUAAUCAUAUUCCUUUAGAAGAUGCUAAAAAUCAUUUACAGAUUAUAACAGUGAGCGACACAGAGGCUGGAAAACACUGGUGUGACAAUGAGGUCAGAGCGCUUAUACACAUAUGGUCUGAUGAAAAAAUUAAGCAAACGCUUGAAAGGGCCACAAGAAACAAAGAAAUAUUUGAGGAAAUUGCCAGAAGACUAAUGCAGUUUGGAAUAGACAGAGACUGGAAACAAUGUCGUACCAAAUACAAAAAUUUAAAAUACGAAUACAGAGUUUUACAAAAGAAAAAUGGCAACCCUCAAAGAAAAAUGAGAUUUUAUGAAGAAGUUGACUGCAUCUUAAGAGGACCAGCUCUCAGAACUGCCAAAUGGAAACAUGAAUUUUUUGAAGGUCACGCCAAAAACCCAAGACCUCUGAGCAUCAAAAGAAAAGCACAUGAAGAUGAACCAGUGUCUGUAUCUCUUAAGAAAACUGCUCCUGAGAUCACUGCAAAUCGGUUUCCUCACAGCAUAACACAACGAAAAGAUUCUACAGAAUGUUUCUACAGACAGGAGACCCCCUACGUGAUCCAACUUCAUCAGAGCCCUGCCUCUGUUCCCAGCGCGGCGUUUGCCCCCAGCCCACGCAGGAUAAUGGCUACAGCUGAGGUGCUGAAUAUUGGUAAAAAACUCUAUGAGGGUAAAACAAAAGAAGUCUAUGAAUUGCUAGAUAGUCCAGGAAAAGUCCUCCUUCAGUCCAAGGACCAGAUUACAGCAGGAAAUGCAGCCAGAAAGAAUCACCUGGAAGGAAAAGCUGCAAUCUCAAAUAAAACUACCAGUUGUAUUUUUCAGUUGUUACAAGAAGCAGGUAUCAAAACUGCUUUCACCAGAAAAUGUGGGGAGACAGCUUUCAUUGCACCUAAGUGUGAAAUGAUUCCAAUUGAAUGGGUUUGCAGAAGAAUAGCAACGGGUUCUUUUCUCAAAAGAAAUCCUGGUGUCAAGGAAGGAUAUAAGUUUUACCCACCUAAAGUGGAGAUGUUUUUCAAGGAUGAUGCCAAUAAUGAUCCACAGUGGUCUGAAGAACAGCUAAUUGCUGCAAAAUUUUGCUUUGCUGGACUUGUUAUAGACCAAACUGAAGUGGAUAUCAUGAGUCAUGCUACACAGGCUAUUUUUGAAAUACUGGAGAAAUCUUGGUUGCCCCAGAAUUGUACACUGGUUGACAUGAAGAUUGAAUUUGGUGUUGAUGUAACCACCAAAGAAAUUGUUCUUGCUGAUGUUAUUGAUAAUGAUUCCUGGAGACUCUGGCCAUCAGGAGACCGAAGCCAACAGAAAGACAAACAGUCAUAUCGUGACCUCAAAGAAGUAACUCCUGAAGGGCUCCAGAUGGUAAAGAAAAAUUUUGAGUGGGUUGCAGAAAGAGUAGAGUUGCUUCUGAAAUCAGAAAGUCAGUGCAGAGUUGUAGUAUUAAUGGGCUCAACUUCGGAUCUGAGUCACUGUGAAAAAAUCAAGGCGGCUUGUGGAAAAUUUGGCAUUCCAUGUGAACUUCGGGUAACAUCUGCCCAUAAAGGACCAGAUGAAACUCUGAGAAUUAAAGCAGAGUAUGAAGGGGAUGGCAUUCCUACUGUAUUUGUGGCAGUGGCAGGCAGAAGCAAUGGUUUAGGACCAGUGAUGUCUGGUAACACUGCAUACCCAGUGAUCAACUGUCCUCCACUCACUCCAGACUGGGGAGCUCAGGAUGUGUGGUCUUCUCUUCGACUACCCAGUGGUCUUGGCUGUUCAACCAUACUGUCCCCAGAAGGAUCAGCUCAGUUUGCUGCUCAGAUAUUUGGAUUAAACAACCAUUUGGUAUGGGCCAAACUGCGAGCAAAUAUAUUGAACACAUGGAUUUCCUUGAAACAGGCUGACAAGAAAAUCCGAGAGGGCAAUUUAUAAGAACAUCAUUGUUUUGGGGUUUUUUUUGUUUGUUUGUUUGCUUUUAGGAGAAAAACUACAUUUCUUGUUUAGCUUCAGAAAAAAAAAAUCAAAACAAAAUUUUUUAAAUCAGAGAAAACAAUUUACUAGUGAAUAAAUGCUUUUCUAGAUUCAUGGGUUAGUAGACUAUAUGGACAUAAUUAUUAGCAUUUCUUUAGAGGAAGUGAAAUUACUGUAAGAAUACUUUUAUGGUCAUUGUUAGGUAGGUAACAAUCGGAUAUAUUUCUUAAAUGCUAAUAAAGUCCUAUUGUCGAGCUCUAAAGUUACUACUUGACCUUCUGAAUCUCAACCCAUAAGUUUUAGAAAGUUAAAAUGCCUGUAUCUUAGAGUCAUUGUUAGGUAGGUAACAAUCGGAUAUAUUUCUUAAAUGCUAAUAAAGUCCUAUUGUCGAGCUCUAAAGUUACUACUUGACCUUCUGAAUCUCAACCCAUAAGUUUUAGAAAGUUAAAAUGCCUGUAUCUUAGAGUCAUUGUUAGGUAGGUAACAAUCGGAUAUAUUUCUUAAAUGCUAAUAAAGUCCUAUUGUCGAGCUCUAAAGUUACUACUUGACCUUCUGAAUCUCAACCCAUAAGUUUUAGAAAGUUAAAAUGCCUGUAUCUUAGAGUGAUAAGAGAAAAAUAUAGUCAGUCCUCUUUUACAUUAUGAUCUUUACAAAAUCCUAAGGGCAUGUUGUUUUAUUUGCAGUCAGUAUCUCAGAAUAGAUGUGUAUUUAGCUGUAGACAGAGAUGCUGCUUUGUUUUGUUUUUGCUUGUUUUCUUAAGAAAAGUUGAGAUGGGUGUUAGGGGUAGGAAAGACUAAGUAGGAUAAAGGGAUACUGUGGAAGCCAUGGAAAGGGGACUUUUCUGAGAACUUUUCUGCUGGGUGUUAGGGCAGUUCCCCAUGGAAAAAAAAAGUAUAGUGUGAAUCACCUUUGCCAUUCCAAAUGAAAGAUAUACUUAGCUAUUAUGGGUGCCUCUGUGAUCCUAAAUUCUUUUAAUUCUGAUAAUACAUGUUUUAGCCAAACUAACAAUCCUCAGCCUAAUGUCAUUUUUGAAAACUGGAAUCUCCUAGUUGAUAACCAUUAAGUAGUUUCUUUCUUACAACAGAAGUCUGAGCAGGGUACCCAGUGAGAUUCACCUCUAAGAGAGCAGUUGUUACUGAGAGGUGUUAUAGUUCAUCAUCAAUCUGUAAGCCAUAUUUGGAAGUCACUGUUAGGUUGUGCAGUCCUGAGUACUUUUUAUAGAUCACUAAACUUUAAUCUGAAUGUCCAUGAACCCCUAAAACUUGCAGGGAAAAUUUUACAUAUAUGUUCACAUUUAUAAAAAUGGGGCAACCAUAGUUUUUAUCCAAAAGACCUGCAUCCUCAAAAAUGUUAAGAAUCUCUGGGAUGCCUGGCUGGCUUAGUUCGUUAGCCUCUGACUCUUGAUUUCAGCUUGGGACAUGAACUCAGUCAUGAGAUUGAGCCCCGCAUCAGGCUCAACCCUGGGAGGGGGCCUGCUUAAGAUUCUCUUACUCUGCCCCUCCCCCACUCAUUCUCCAUCUUCCUUCCCUCCCUCCCUCCUUCCUUUUUUCUCGCUCUCAAAAUAAACUUUCUUUAAAAAUAUUGAUCUCUGCUACAGAUCAAAUCUGGAUAAGACCCUUGCAACUGCCUUAUACUGUCUAUACCUUUUCACCUCCCUCUCAGCUGUUAACAAGCUUAUCAUCUCAUAUCAUUUCUUUUACCUGGUCUCUGGGGCAGGGUAUGAUUAACCUAAACCACUUCUUUCUUGACUAGACACCAAGAUACUCCAACCUCAAUCCUGAAGUUUUUCUUACAUUAUUCUUUCCCCUUAAGCAUUGAUGUUUCCUACACAGUCUCUCCAUUAUUUAUAAGUAAUCAUUGGAGUAACUCCUUAAGCUAAAACCAGUAUUACUGAUUGCUGGCGCUGUGUUUGUAGUCUUGUAUUUCUGUCUGAAUGCUUUAAACUUAAUUCAUCUUCCACCCAGCCUGUUAACUCUGGCUACACUCACUGCUCCAAAUCAUUAGUGUUAUUUCAUACUUGAUGCUUUUCUCUUACAUUCACAUCUCACUUAUUACCAAGUUUUUAAUUAACCCUGUUUACCCAUCAUCUGUACAAAAGCUUCAAGUGGAGGUCAAAUUCUGCAUUAUUAGGCUGAUCUAGAAGGUCUCCAUUCUCAGUGUUUUGAAGUUGUCUAGGACUUACAACAUAAAUUUACAAUGUCUUUUGCAGUUUAGAUUCCUUUGAAAAUGAAUGCCAUUGACUCUGCCCGUAGAGAUUGCACACACAAUUUACCAACAGAUUUCAUUGGUUUUUGGUGUUCCCUUGAAGCCUAUCCAUGGUCUGUAGUUUAAGAAUUACUAAUGAAACUCAUCAAGGGAACUCGCUUUCCAUAAUUUUUCAACUGUCACUUAAUCUAUGAGAUUAAAAACCUUAAUCUUUAAUCUCUAAGAACCUUAAGUUCUUAGAAUGAGCUAUUAAGAUCUAGUCUGUUAUUAAAAUUUGUUAGUUACUAGAGGUUCAUCUUCACGCUCUGUGAAACCUUUCCAAAUCCCUUCUAGCUACAAUGGCUACAAGUAGUUCUUUGUUGGGUUGGAAGCUCCAAUAGAGGAGAGGAUUGAAUCUUACACUUUAUUUCCUUCCUCACAUUGCCAUGUGCUAUGCCUGUCUGCUAGAGAUGGGAGAAUUAUAAAAACCAUGUUCUGCUUCAUUCUUUUAUGUUCACAAGGACAAUUAAAAAGAUACAAUUUCAACAUCUUUAAACUUUGGCUUUGUUGCUUCUGAAUAGUCAUUGGCUGUAGUUUCAACUCUUCUAUCCCCACCUAGUAAAAACUUCACCUGUUUUUGUGUAGUACAU